AUGGAAGCGAAUAGGGAAACGGUGAAGCAAACUGAUGCCACUGCAAUAGGCACUCCAAAAAUUUCAGCCCUUAUGCAACAAGGAUUCAUACCACUUGAUCCUAAUUACAAUUGGGCUGACAUGUGCAUUGAUGAAAGCAACGGCGCCUAUGAAAAAGACUCAGACAGCUAUGAAAAUUGAAGCAGCUCAAUCGUCGAAGACUUAGUUUGAGAAGUGAAAAGGCCAGGCCGCAAAAAGGAGCCAGAUUCCGAGCUACUUUCCCGCUUUAAAACAAAAAAAGGCAUUCCUCCCAAAAAGGAGUAUAGCACUUUCCCUUGAAUAGCCCGAUAACGGAUGAAGCCAGCCCGUUACCGGCUAUUCAAGGGAAAGAGCUAUAUCUAAGAUGCAAGCUAAUAAGAGGGCACAAAAAGCUCAACCGCCAAAUCCAAUCAGGGAAUCUUUCAAGCAAGCACAUCUGCGCUUUUAAGCAAGAAAGUCAAAGAGGGUUAUUAAUAUGGAACCGCUUACAACAGCAUUUUUUUGCAAAUAGAAACGUAUAAUUAAAAUAUGGCGUCUCCACCUGGCAUGGCCUCCGGCCACGCAGCUUCCGAGCACAUAUUUUAAUUAUAUCCGGCAAGGUUUUACUAACCCAGAAAUGGACAGCAAUGCUAGGUAAGCAAUUCUGGUACUGUACAGAUCCUAGCCCUCAGUCCAAAUUCAGGAUUAGGUUUUUACCUCGAAGGGGAGGAGGGGUUCAGGUUUGGAAAGGGCAAGCCCAGCUAAGUCUACAGGGAGCACCUAGACCAAUCGGGCAAUUGCCUAGCGUGAAACUGGGAGUUUUACGCCCCAGGACUUGAAUUUUUCCUUUUUGCCGAGAGGUCACCAGAAAUUCCAUUUUUUUGGGAUUUUUGAGUGGUCAACUUCGUCCACCCAAGCAGCAGCCGCAGAAGUCCAUAGCCCGCCCACUCAACACUCAAGCCGCAAGGAGAGGAGUAGACGUCCAGGUGAAAUCUCACUUCAGAAUACCAUGCCACCAGGAGCUGAAGAAGGGGAAAGGCAGUGUCAGAGCCGAGCUUGGCCGGCGAAUCAUUGUCCCAACUCGAACAAGGUGAAUCCGAAGACGGCGCAAAGCAGGUGAACCCGACUUUAGGGUCCGUGGUGACUGCGUAAUCAAAACGGCAGACGCCCUCUAAUUUCUAAGUUAAGUUAAGUAAGCAAAUAGAAACGUACUUGAAGUAGAGUCACAAACCGAAUCUGGGCCAACCACUGAUGGCAAGAAAAAAAGAAGAAAAAUUGACAAGGCGACUCAAAAAAGCUUUAACGCAGCAUUUAUUAGGCACUAUUUUAACCAUGAAGCCACAAAAGUAUCAUUCUAUUAUUAUAUAGAGUUGAUAUUUUUAGACCUUGAUCCAGGAAUUUUAUGUCAAAAAUUCCAAUUCCAGUGCUGUCAGUCGGAGAAUCAUUUCGAUGCCUGCAGAGAAAGCUGAAUUGCACUUAAAAGUUACUUACAAAGGACUAUGCUCACAGAUUUAGGAAUUCCGCCUUAUAUUCCAAAAGACGAAUUUCUUCUAUCUGCUUCUGCUCCUACUUAUGAGGAUGAGAAUUAUAAUGGAUUAUUUUCCACUUGUGCAGAGUUUCAAGACUUUGAAUUAGAAAACCAUUCGAUUAUUUAA